AUCACGCACUAGCAAAGUUGUAGGAAGAAGGACGGAUAAGAAAAAACACGUAAAAUCGUCUAGUUUCAAAUUUCAAGUAUGAAAUCUUUUUUAACUUGUUUGGCUUUCCUCUUCGUCACCCACGGCGUCUGGGGCCAGACGAAUUGUGCCAGCAAAAUUGUGCCACUUGCGACGGGAGAAACAUGGGUUCUGAACCCGGGCUGUCCGGGGAGAACAUGGUACAACAUUCCUAACGUAGCGGACGGCGCGAUACGUUGUCACUGCUGGAGUUUUUGCGGUUAUAUUUGCGGCCCAAAUCCAUUUGCUGCAACUUCGACAACCACGCCAUCGUCAACUAUGACAUCGUCAACUACGCCGUCGUCAACUACGCCGUCGUCAACUACGCCAUCGUCAACCACAUCAUCAUCAACUACGCCAUCGUCAACCACAACCGCACCAUCCGAUCAUUGUCCGAUGGGACCGUACUUUUUUCCAAGGCCAACCCUGCUUUGUAUCUGCACGCCAUCUACGGGAGCGUACUCCUGCACAGUUACGCCAGCCAGGCGUUAACGAUUCCGUAAUGACUGGGUAGUAAAAAUUAUUAAUAAAGUCAGAUAAUUGGUCCUGGAUGCAUGUGAGCGUUUGUUCUACAUACAUGCAUACCGAAGUAAAAGAAAGAAUGUGAUUCUAUGAGGAAAUAUUAACGAAAAAUAUUUUAAAUGUGAAUAUUUCUGGUAAUUAAAAAAAAUAAUCUUCAAAAA